CUUCAAAGAAUGCGGAAGUGAGAUUAAAAGCGGGAAAAUUAAGUUUGUUUUGCUCCCCGGACCAAGGAAGUUCCGACCUUGCAACUUCUAGCGUGAAGGUUGGAACUUGGAAGCCUCCUGAAGUGAAGCAAAUGAGGCAGGGAGAGAAUACACCGCCAGAGGAUGAAUUUUUAACGACCGGCCAUUCUUUAGUGGUGACCGCCUGGGGGGCUUGAGUUCCACACACGCGCACACCGGACUGACGUGGACUUCGUUGGUGGGCUGUGUCAACAAAACAUGCCUGGCGGGCUCGUUCUCGUCUGAGGAGGAUAGAGGACGUCAACAGGUGGAAAAUGUUAUCCUCGGGAUGCAAGAAGAAGAUGAGGAAGCUGAGGAUUGCGUCGCUCGGGCCCGGUGUCCCUAUGUUUAAUUAACUAGUCUGCUGCUGUGGAAGUGCCUUCAGCCAGCGGUGCGUGGGCGGGCGGCCGGGCUGCGGGUGAACCCAGACUCGAAGCGGGGAACAUUUCCGUACGCAUCUCGGCUCGCCAACUCCCAACUUGGUCUCCAAGAAUCCACGCGGAGGAGAACAGAAGAAGAGGAGGAGGAGGAGGAGGAGGGCUGUCCACGGACUCUCACACUGCGGAACACGCGCGGAGCUGCCUGGAGAUCCCCCCCAAAAUAUCGGCGGAUCCUUCCACCGCGUGAACCUGCCCGCGCGCGGAGUGGACAUUUGGCUCCAUCAGGAGCAGAAGGAUUAAGCACCUGAGCUCAAGGAGGGUGGCCGUGGCCAGUGGGGGUCUUCACGGUCACGACAGGUGGAUUAAUCCGAACGUGUAGUUUUCAUUUCUGAGUGGAGGUGCUUCUGGCGUGUGCGUUUUCCCAUCCACUUCUUCCCCUGUGAUGGAGGCGCUAUUAAUGGAUUAAUUUCACGGGGUGGAGGGGGGAGACUCACCCCUUGGAGUGUACCCGAAUGGAGUAACACGCUGCAAUGUCAUCUCCACCCGGCCGCCUGGAGAGAUGUGUCACGGGAAUGGGAUCAAGUUGAAACACUUUGGCACCAGGAGGAAGGAGGACGAUGAAGAGCCGGAAAAGAGGCAUGAUGGCCGGCUACGGAGACGCGCGGGUCAGGCAAACGGCGGCGGUGGCGCGCACGCUCACGGACCCGCGAGACGAAGGCGCAAAAUGCGUCUUGUGACAGCCAAGGGUACGAUGUGUGCAGUGUUGUGGAUGUUCCUCCUCCUCUCCCACUGGGUGUCGCUGGCCGCGUCCCAGAAGCCCCCAGGGCUCAGCGUGGGUGUCGUGAUGGGCCAGACACGGCUGGUCCCAGACCAGGAGCUGCGUCCACCCAGGAGGCCUGACGACGCCUUAGAUGUAUCAGUGGUACCUUUAAGGAUCAACCAGACUGACCCCAAGUCUGUCAUCACACAGGUAUGCGAGUUGCUGUCACGUUCUCGCCUGCACGGCCUCGUGUUUGCUGACGGAACCGACCAGGAGGCCAUCGCUCAGAUCCUGGACUUCCUGUCUGUCCAGACCCAACUUCCUGUGCUGGGCGUGCACGGAGGCUCUUCCAUGAUCAUGGCCGACAAGGAUGAGAAGUCAACGUUCUUCCAGUUCGGUGCUGCUCUACAACAGGAGGCUCUGCUCAUGCUGGCCAUCAUGGAGGAAUACGACUGGCACAUCUUCUCCAUAGUCACCUCCAAGUUCCCUGGGUACCAGGCCUUCAUCAGCACACUCAGGAUCACUGUGGACCACAGCUUUGUACGCUGGGACCUCCAGAGCGUGGUUACUCUGGACGCCAUAGACGGAGACUCCAACUCCAAGUCUCACAUUGCCCUCAAAAGGAUCCAGAGUCCUGUCAUCCUGCUGUACUGUUCCAAGGAUGAAGCUGUGUACAUCCUGGAGGAGGCACGCUCGUUGGGCCUGAUCGGGGCUGGUUACAUAUGGAUUGUGUCCAGCCUCACCACGGGAAACCCAGACUUUACCCCAGAGGCAUUUCCUCUGGGCAUGAUCUCGGUGUCCUAUGAUGACUGGGACUACCCGCUGGAGACGCGGGUGCGGGACGGCGUGGGCAUCAUUUCGUCGGCCGCCACCGCCAUGCUGCGAGAGAAGGGCGAGCUGCCCGAAGCGCAGGGCAGCUGCUACAGCACGGCGUCGGACCGCAGCCCGGGCAAGCUGCCGCCCAGCGCGCUGCGCGGACACAUGAUGCACGUGUGGAACGACGGCAGAGAUUUGUCCUUCACGGCGGACGGUUACCAGGCCAAUCCCAAGCUGGUCGUCAUCGUCUUGAACAGUGAGAGGACGUGGGAGAAGAUGGGUCGCUGGGAGAACGGCACGCUGUCAUUGAUGUUCGCGGUGUGGCCGCGCUACAACUCGCAUGGCGACGAGGAUGCCGACGAGAACCACCUGUCCAUUGUCACUCUGGAGGAGAAACCCUUUGUCAUCGUGGACAACGUAGAUAUCCUCACUGGGACCUGCAUGAGGAACUCGGUGCCCUGCCGCAAACACGUCAAAGAUAACAGCACAUUGGGGGGCUCGUACAUCAAGCACUGCUGCAAGGGCUUCUGCAUCGACAUCCUUAAGAAGAUCGCCCGGAACGUUAAGUUCACCUACGACCUCUACCUGGUCACCAAUGGAAAACACGGCAAGAAGAUCAACAAUGUGUGGAACGGCAUGGUAGGAGAGGUGGUGUACAAGAAAGCCGCCAUGGCCGUGGGCUCACUGACCAUCAAUGAGGAGAGGUCAGAGGUCAUCGACUUCUCCGUGCCCUUCGUGGAGACGGGUAUCAGCGUCAUGGUGUCACGCAGCAACGGCACCGUCUCACCUUCAGCCUUCCUCGAGCCCUUCAGUGCUUCUGUUUGGGUGAUGAUGUUUGUGAUGCUGCUCAUCGUCACGGCUAUCGCUGUCUUCCUUUUCGAGUUUGUCUCUCCGUUGGGCUUCAACCGCAACUUGGCCCAAGGCAAAGACCCUCACGGUCCGUCGUUCACCAUCGGCAAGGCCAUCUGGCUGCUGUGGGGUCUCGUGUUCAACAACUCGGUCCCCGUGCAGAACCCCAAAGGCACCACCAGCAAGUUCAUCGUGUCCGUGUGGGCUUUCUUCGCCGUCAUCUUCUUGGCCUCGUACACAGCCAACCUGGCCGCCUUCAUGAUCCAGGAGGAGUUUGUGGACCAGGUCACCGGACUUUCCGACAAGAAGUUUCAGAGUCCCUACUCGUACUCACCGCCCUUCCGCUUCGGGACGGUUCCCAAUGGCAGCACGGAGCGCAACAUCCGGAAAAACUACCCGGACAUGCACCAGUACAUGACCAAGUACCACCAGAGUGGAGUGCAGGACGCCCUGGUCAGCCUCAAGACCGGGAAACUAGACGCAUUCAUCUACGACGCGGCGGUGCUCAACUACAUGGCGGGCCGAGACGACGGCUGCAAGCUGGUGACCAUCGGCAGCGGCUACAUCUUCGCCACCACUGGAUACGGCAUCGCGCUGCAGAAGGGGUCCUACUGGAAGAGGCUGGUGGACCUCGCCAUCCUAGGCAUCAUCGGCGACGGCGAAAUGGAGGAACUGGAGGCGCAGUGGCUGACGGGCAUCUGCCACAACGAGAAGAACGAAGUGAUGUCCAGCCAGCUGGACGUUGACAACAUGGCGGGCGUCUUCUACAUGCUGGCCACAGCCAUGGGUCUGUCCAUCCUCACCUUCGUGUCGGAGCAUCUCUUCUACUGGCGACUGCGUUACUGCUUCACAGGCGUCUGCUCGGGACGCCCCGGCCUGCUCUUCACCAUCAGCAGGGGCAUCUGGAGCUGCAUCCACGGGGUGCAUAUCGACAUGAAGAAAAAGACGCCGGAGCUGGACUUCAGCCCUCAGGCCAACAUGCUGCACCUGCUCAAGUCGGCCAAGUCCAUCGCCAUGGCGUCGCCCAAACGCAACACGGUGCUGCUGCAGCCCAGCAGCAUCCUCGACGUCAUGACGGGAAAAGGUAACUCACUGCACAGCCUCACUCCAAAGGGUCCUGGUCUCUAUAGCAACGCUAGUGGUCCGCAGGCUUUUUUGUCUCUGUCCGGGCGCCACAAGAACCUCCUAAACAAUGCGGCGCCUUUCCCGGCCCCGCAGAAGGCAUCCGGCCACCAGACCAGCCCCACCAACAAGCCACAGCUCUCAAUCACCAAUGACAACGGCAAGGCCCGGCCCGGAGGCCCACCGUCCAAACCCCGUGCCCUGUGGAAAAAAAGCGUGGAGACCCUGAAGACACAGCCCGGCGGGGUGGUCCCCAGCGGCGGCCCCAGCCCGACCACGACCACCGCGGCACCCCCGUCUAUGAAGAGCCAGCGCUAUCUCCCCGAAGAGCCGCCGCCCCCGCCCCACUCGGACAUCUCAGAGUGCUCCAGCCGCCCCGCGUCACACAAAGACUCAGACCCAAUGGGAGCAAGGGGCGGGUUCAAGGCCAUCAACCAGUUAAGAAAACGAGGUGGCGGAGGGGGCGGCAGCGGGUCCAAGAUCUACUCCAUCGACUCCGAUCAGGCCAGUCUGCAUUCGGGGCCACCCUACCAGCGCGACAGCCAAGGGGGCAGCGAUGAGCAGCCGUACCCGCCAGACGUGUUCUCGCCCGACGGCACCUACUCGCACAAGGGGGAUGCACCCAUCCUGCAGUUGAGCGCCACCUUGCUGCACCACAGCCACAGCGCGGAGGCCGACCUGCACUCCAUGAAGGACAAGAAGUACAGCACUUAUGCUCACAGCAGUGCAAAGGAUAAGUCUAGCGGCUCCUUCGAGGCGCCUGGUUCUGCCGUUGGCCCACAAGGCGUACGGCCAGGCCACUGCCGCUCCUGUUUGACAAAGCUAAGCAGCUACUCGGGCCUGUACACGGUGCGCCCCCCGCAAGCCCGCUGUGACGCCUGCGCCCAUCUGGGUAACCUGUACGACAUCAGCGAAGACCACCUGAACUACUCUCAUGGCACCGACAUGUUCACUCACUUCCUGCCCCAGAGCCAGCUGGGCAUGGUGGGUGAGGGCGAUGACCUGGUCAGCCACUUUGAGCCAGCACCCUGCUCGCCGUCAGCCCUGACCGCAGCCUCCUCCCCCGUGGCACAGCAUUUGCAGCUGAGUCGCCAGCACUCGUACGAGAACGUGCUUCCGGAUGGUGUCACCCAAAUGCGGGGCCUGAACCUAUCUGACAGGGACCGGGAUAUGACCCUGGAUGAGGGCGCCUACGCCAACGUGCUCACAAUGCGCUCAGAUCGCCCCUUCAGUGGCCGCAGUCCGCCCUCGCCAUCUCCCUCCCACCACCAUAGCUUAGACGCCCCUCUGCCCCUGCCCCGCCGUUCCAAGAGCCUCUUCCCCGACCGGCCCUCGCACAAUCCCUUCCUCCAGUCGGCCCCCGGUACGGGGCAGCGAGAGUCAGCCUCUCAUGCUCAUACUAUCACCCAGACCACCACCCGACCACUCUACAAGCAACGCCUGCCGGUCUCGCUCACCCUGGGCAACCACGGAGGCCACCACGCCAACCACCAGGUAGACCCGCAGGUGUACUACCCGCAACAGGAGCCCCCCGUGGUGGCCUACAUGGUGCCGCCCGCUGCCGCCCAGCCCAUGAGCUACGUGACAGCGCCGCGAGCUUCCAGCGCCGGUGGCAACCGGCCCCGCCUAUACCGACGCAUGCCCAGCAUCGAGUCUGACGUGUGAGACUCGUGAAUACCUGUCACUCACACACAGACAAACACACUUGGAAUUCCGGAGAUCACGCCCCUCUCACCAGCCUUUAUGGGACGAAGUAGGGCAACUAACCAACCCUCUCCCCCCCUCCAUUUUUUGUGUCUUGUAUGAGCACACACUGACCCACAAUGCAGGAAUUGAACCUACGGACGGACUGCACAAUGAGGUGUGGCUCUGUGUUCCAGGGUCGUGAGGCCCCAACACACGCACACACAAACAAACACACUGGGAAAGACUGUUUGAUCAAGUUGACGUCAGCCAAUUGAACAUUCCAAAUGCCUGUGCGCACACAGACACACACAUAAAUACACACAUAUAUAGCAUUUAGCAUCCUAGCUUCCUUCCUCUCUUAGCUCCUAGCCUUCAGGUCCACACACUUGCAUGCUUCCUUAAUGGCCCUGCGCGACACUCACACGCACACACACACACACACACACACACACACACCUAUGCAGGGUCAUAUAUGCGCACAUGCACACAUAUGCACACACACAUGUGUGCACACAAAGUGUGUGUAUGUCUGUCGAUGCAGUGAGUUAGUCUAGCCUUUGUGCACUUUGUACAUUUUCUUACCUGCCACCAAACACAAACCAAAAAACAAACUUUUUGAUACUCACACAAUUCGCUGGAGUGGAUGUUUUAUCGCUUUCCUUUCUUUUCUUUUUUUUCUUUUUUUUUGGGGGGGGGGGCGUGGCGCCCGGUGUUGGCUAACGAGU